UCGCUUCUACCCUGUGGCUGGCUUGCUUCAUUAACUUCUCUCACACAACGGCUCAUUCAUUCGGCUGAAACGGGAAACCGUUUCAUCUGUAACAAGCUGUCGUUUUGAUACCAUCCAACCACAUAAAGCCACGUGUCACAUAAUAAAUGCGUUCCAAACACGCUAAAGAGAAAGAAAAGAAAAACUACAAGGCGGUUUCUCUGUUAUCUUCGUUCCACCCCUCUCCCCAUGGAAACCCUCCCAACCUAGAAAAUCAACAAUAAUCAUAAUCUCCUUUUUUUUUUUCCUUCAUUUUUCUUAAAGUGCUUUUGAUUUUUUGAAAAGUGCUUAUGAUUUUUGGGUUAUUAGGUUUGAAUCUGAUUUUGAUUAUUUGAGAUCUGGAUUAUUAUGUCUACAGAAACGGUUUCUUAUUGGUGUUACCGAUGCAGUCGUUUUGUGAGAUUAGGGAGACAAGAAACGGUGGUUUGCCCUGAUUGUGACAGCGGGUUUCUCGAGGAAGUUGAUCAACCGUCGCGCUCUCUCCAUGUAGACUCCCGCCGCCGACGUUUUCCGGCCGCCGCCAUGUACAUGAUCGGUCAACGUCCUGGUUCUGGUUCCGGUUCCGAUCAUUUUCAUAGUUUCCGUCCAUCUUCUCUACAUAGAACUCGCCGCAACGGUGGCGAACGAUCUCCUUUCAAUCCGGUUAUUGUCCUUCGCGGUGGUGGAUCGAUGGAGGUAACAGAAGGAGGUAACAAUAACAAUAACAACGGCGGUGUUGGUGGUGUUGGUGUUGGUGUUGGUAUUGGAGGAGGUGGUGGAGGUGGAGAGAGCCGUGGUUUUGAGCUUUUCUAUGAUGACGGUGCUGGUUCGGGAUUAAGGCCUUUGCCUCCGAGUAUGUCAGAGUUUCUUCUUGGAUCUGGAUUUGAUAGAUUGCUGGAGCAGCUUUCUCAGAUUGAAAUCAAUGGGAUUUCGAGAUAUGAACAUCCUCCGGCGACAAAAUCGGCUAUUGAUUCUUUACCGACGAUUGAAAUUGAUGAUACUCAUUUGGAAAUGGAAUCGCACUGUGCGGUUUGCAAAGAAGCUUUUGAGUUAACUAAUGUUGUUAGAGAAAUGCCUUGUAAGCAUAUUUAUCAUCCUGACUGUAUUUUGCCUUGGCUUGCACUUCAUAAUUCUUGCCCGGUUUGUCGUCAUGAGUUACCUUCGGAUUCGGAUGCUGGAACAAAUGUAAAUGUUCAACCACAAUCACAAUCGCAACCACUGCCACAAACACAAUCACAAACACUAACACAGUCGCAAUCACUUGGUUUGAAUGAGGAAGAGAGUAAUGUUGGGUUAACUAUAUGGAGAUUACCGGGUGGUGGUUUUGCUGUGGGGAGAUUUUCGGGUGGAAGAAGAGGUGCUGAGAGGGAACUUCCUGUUGUUUAUACUGAAAUGGAUGGUGGGUUUAACAAUGGUGGUGAACCUAGGAGGAUUUCUUGGUCUUCUAUUGGGAGUAGAGGGAGGGAGAGAGGUGGUGGUUUGAGAAGGUUUUUUGGGAGUUUCUUGGGUUGUUUUGGCGGCGGUGGAGUUGAGAAUCGGCGCACUGUUUCGAGUCUUUCGAGUAGAGAGACGAGAUCUUUGAGGACUAAUUCAUCUCAUUCUUCGAGUAUGGAUCCGUCUCCACGGUCGCGUAGGACUUGGUCUAUGGAUGUAAACAGUGGAAUGAGAUCAUGGUAGAUUCCAGAUUGAUCAUAUAUUGGGGAAGCUAAAAAUUGUAACUUAGUUUUUAGCUUCCUUCAUAUUAAUUGGUCAAAGUCGAAGUACAUAAUAUGAACACGAUUGAAUUCAAAGUGUACAAUGCAACCAUCAUGACAUUUUCUGCUGCAGAUAAUUUUGUAAUGUCGGGUGGUGAAUUUCAGUUCUAUGUUUCCUCAUUCUGAGUUGGCAAUUGACAAUUGACAAUGGACAUGUGAAGCAAAGCAGCAUCGAUGGAAGAAAAGUCAGAAAUCAAUGAAGGAGAACUUAGUAGAAUGAUGAUAACCACCUGUGCGGUAUUUGUCUAUCUUUUGUGGGGGGAAAGGGGUGGGGAGAAUGAUUAUCAGUACCUUGUUUUUACUUUGAUAAUGAACUGAUUCAGCUGAAUCACAUAAGCAUUGUUUAUUAUUGUGUUCAUUAUUAUCAUUGAUAAAUUUCAUCUAGCUUCAGUUUUAUUGUACCUCAAAUUAUGGUUCAUUG